AUGGCUUCCCAAUUGCCCAAUAAGACUUACAAGAUAUUUUCGACCAUCAUCGCGCUUUUCAUUUCCUACGUACUUCUGUCAAUCUUUUUCGGAAACACUCCAGAGACUCUGUGGCCACAGAAACUGUCUCGGUUUUCGCAAAGUGCUAUUCGCGAUGGAGCGCUCGACCACAUUUCUAACAGCACGCUCGGGUUUGAGCACGUAUAUGCUAUCGGUUUGAAAGAGCGUACAGACAAACGCGAUUUCCUUACGGUAUCAGCCUCAGUAUCUGGCUUCCAAGUUGAGUGGCUUGACGGUGUUCGCCCGCAAGAAUUACAACAGAAGGCGCUACCUAAGGGAUACAACCUUUCAGUUAAUACUCCCAGUGAGAUUGGAUGUUGGCGAGCUCACAUGAAUGCAUUGACCAAUGUUCUUACCAAUUCAUAUUCAACCGCCUUGAUACUUGAAGAUGAUGCCGACUGGGACGUGAACAUCAAGAGUCAACUCCAAGAAUUCGCUCAUGGCCUACACUCUCUGAAAGGAAGCAAACCAACCGAGCAAGCUCCUUACGGAACUGACUGGGAUCUUCUCUGGAUUGGAGGGUGUUCAUCAGGACCUGAUACCAACGAAACUCGAUACUACGCCAUACCCGAGGACCCAACAGUCCCAAGUGUCAAAAAUCGCGGCACAUGGUCAGGCCCCCUUGAUAGCUGGAAGGAAAUAUUCCCCGAAGACUCAACACGUUUUGUUUACCGCGCUAGAGAAGGCUGCUGCACUUAUGGAUAUGCUGUCUCGAACAGAGGGGCAAGGAAAAUCCUCACUGCUCUCGCUAUUGAUCACAUAGAAGGACCGGUCGACAAUUCUAUGUCUGAACUGUGCGGUGGUCUUGGUGAUCGCCAGCGAAUUGAAUGUUUCGCACCUUUCCCCAAUCUCAUCGGCACAUAUAGACCAGCGGGUCCGGCAUACAAAGAUUCCGAUAUUCAAAACGGCGACCAGACAAUGCACGGGGAACUUUCUCAUAACAUGGUGUAUAGCACACGGCGCAACAUUCAUGAACUGAUAUCUGACCAGGAAACAGUGCUGUCGCAAUGGGGAACAGAAUCUUGGUCACCAGCAGAAAUCCGUCCCAAGGAGUUUGUCUACCCACGAGGCUACCUUGUUAACUAG